AUGUUUUUUUGCUUUUGCGAAGAACAAUUAGGUGACAAUGUUGCCCUCUUGGUGAAAGUUCCAAAACAUUGUAGCAUAAUACAGUAGGAUAAUCUAUCCAUCUAUCCAUCUAUCCAUCUAUCCAUCUAUCCAUCUAUCUAUCUAUCUAUCAAUAAACAAAUUAAUCACAUUUAGACCUUUUUACAUCAACAGUCCUCACAGUGACAAGACUCAUUUCUCCCCCUCUUUCUCUCCCUCUCUCUCUCUCUCUCUCCCUCUCUCUCUCUUUCUCUUUCUGCCUCUCUCUCCCUCUCUCACUCUCUAUCUCUCCCUCUCUGUCUUUCUCUCUCUCUCUCUCUCUCUCUCUCUCUCUCUCUCUCGCUCUCCUCUCUCUCUCUCUCUCUCUCUGCUCGAUCAUCUCUCUCCUGACCUCGGUAGCUCUCUCUCUCAUCUCAUCUCAUCUCAGUCUCACCUCCCUCUUCUACCUCUCUCUCCCCUCUCUCUCUCUCUCUCUCUCUCUCUCUCCUCCUCUCUCUCCUCUCCUCUCUCUCUCUCUCAGAUGAUGGGAAGAUCUUCCAUGGUAGUGGGGUUGGGGAGCCGUUUGGUCCUCGCUGUAUCGAGGGUGACAUCAUGGGCUGUGGCAUCAUGUUCCCACGGGACUACAUAUUGGAUGGUGAAGGUAAGGACAAUAAGAUGGGGGCGCAUUUUCAGUUCAAUUCAAUAGAUCUUUAUUGUUCCUGAAUGGCAAUUUGUUUACAGUAAUGGAAGUUAAAGACAUGCUCCAGAACUUUGGCAACUGACUAGUAUUUUUUAAACCUCCCGCUUUGGGAUGGAUGUGUUAAUGUGUAGUUCAUACAUGCAUAAUCUAUGAGCAGAAUUACUGUCUCAUGAUAUUCCUUGUUUGAAAGCAACUGUUUUUCUGGAAGCUGUGCCAUUUUCCAUACAUUUUCACCCACGUGGACCAGCCCCCUAGCAAUUCAAGUUCAACCAAUGAGCUUCAGCCCCUCGCCAAGCAAGAUCCACACACAGCAGAGUGAGAGAGAGAGAGCAAUGGCGUGGUCCUCAUACAGUAUCUGCACAUGUGACGUAGGACGCCAUUUUCGGGAAACACUUUUGGCUCGUGAGGGCUACUUUCAAAACUACUGGCUAAAAAGUAUACAAAAUUACAGGAGAAUCCCUUUAAAAGAGUUUCCAAUGUCACUUGUUCCCAUUCAUGACAUGACAGGUCCUCCCUGUAACCUACAGAUGUGGUGUAGAACAAAGAGGAAGUAGUGACACUUGCCUGAGUUGAGAGUGAACGUUAGAUGAUUCAGCUGUUUGGGGCGAAUCUUCACUUCUGUCCAAUUUUCACUUAGUCAUACAUUGAUGUCAAUGGAAAUCAGGGGCACAACUUUGGCUUUAGAAGUGGGGGGUACAUAACUUGGCGGGGGGGUCCUACAUUUUUGGGGGGCAUCUAAAGCUCAUUUCCUGCAUUUCUACACAAUCUAAUAUGACCCAUGGCCCUUCUAGCAGUCUCUAUUUAGAACAACAAAAAGUAAGCAAAAACGCCCACAGUCAUCAAGCUAGGUAAGAGAUCAUUAUUAAAUAUGUUUAAGUGAUUGAUAAGACUAAACUAGAUCAAUGAUAAUUCAAUAAUCAAUAUUGUGUUGCACCUUUAACCAAUAGCCUAACAAAUGAACAACUCUUACAAAUAAAUUAUAAAUACUUUUGAUUGUCUUUAUUAAGACAUCCUCUAUAUCAAAUUUCAGCCAGACCGCCCAGCCAGCCCGAGCCACCUGCAUGCCCGACCCCCACCAGUCUAGUCAAUACAUAAACUCUCCCCAACACAACUUCCUUCCCAUCUUUUUUUUUAUGUCUCAAGGUUUUUAUGUCUAAAGGUUUGGAAAACAAAAGUUUAAUAAAAACACACAUACACCUACACAUUAAAACACAGAAACAGUACACCCUCCAUAUAAUUCAUAUCAUAGGCCUAAUAGUACAGUAGAGCUCUUUUUACUUGCACACAAUAUAGCUGGAUCACCCCGUCCUGCCCCUAGGGGUCCACGGCCCUGCAGCGCCCCAACCCAACACACCCCACUCAACUUUUAGGAUCUUAGUUAAACAUUCAUUAUUGGUUUCAGGUGUGUUAUGCCAAGGCCAGAGUGACAACCAACAGUACGGCAGACCCCCAGGUUCAGGACUGAGCAGCCCAGCAGCUAGGGAUUGCCUAAAUAGGUAUCUCUCCUGACGAGGGCAUGUUUUCAAUAGACUCCUUUUGUCCUACAGUAUUCCAUAUAAGGUAUCCAGACCUUAUGAAAGUUGCACAGUAUAUCCUUAAUCUUGGAAUAAAUCAAAUAUAGUGAUACAUAACUUGACAUUUCUUCCAUUCAUUGUGGGAGGAUAACCAACGUUCCAAUUAAUGGCAAUGCAUUUCUUAGCCGCUAUUAAUGCUAGGUUACACAGUUUCCUCUGAUAAGUCUCCAGUAUCAACAUUUCCAAGCAAACAAAAACAGGGAGGAGGGAGAAUCUGUAGACAUGCUGAGAUAAAAGAACAUACUAUUUGACAGAAUUCAGCCAGCCUUCACAAGACCAUAACAUAUGCACAUAUGUACAAAUGUGUGUUUUACACCUCCAGCAGAAUAAUUACAUUUCUGAGAGCAUGAUAUUCAGUUUCACUGGCAUAUAGUACGUUCUAUGGAUGGUCUUAAACUGCAGUAAUUUAUGUCUGAGAUUAUAUGAACAUGACGGGGCAUUCUAACAUAUCUGUAUCCAUUCAUCAUCAUCAAUAGCGUCUCCCAAGUCUUCGUCACAUUUUUGUUUGACAUGUUUUGUGUCAUCGGGAAAAGCCUCUAUCAACCCUUGAAUCAAUCCUAGAAUCAAUGGUUCAAUAAUUGAAUUGACCAUUAUUCCCAGAUCCCAGACUGUAGCCUACCCAUCAACUCAAGAUGGAACUUUGUAUCCAGUCACUGAUUGUUAUAAUAUACUGCAAAAUUCACCUGAGCUCCGUAGACUGGUCUUCCCUGGCUGUCUGACCCUGCAGUGACACCUGUCACCAUCUGAUCCUGCUAAGACAUGAUGAGCAUAGUGUUGUGUACUGACUGUGCACCAUGACAGUGUAGCCUGUAGAGCUGUUAAUACCGUGUCAGUGUGAAAAGUAGGGAAUUAGCUAGGGAAACUGACAGAUAACGUUACAUUGCUUUACUGAGUAAUAAAAACUCAUAUUGCGCUGAAGAAAUGUCAGCAUAUCGGUCUUCAAUUGUUUGGCUGCUGGUUUCAUCGCUUGAUUCAGGUCUAGUGAGAUUGAGGUAAAAAUUAUAGCUAAAGUUAGUGAGCUAGCUAGCUAACGUUAGCCAACUUUUGGCUAGCUCUAGCUAAUGGUAAAUCAUCAAAUUUACUUCUGUUGAAACGGGACAAAACAUUUCCAUACACACAACAGCUGUUAGAUACUGCUACCUGACAGAUAGCUAGAGGCUAGCUAGAGCUGAACUGGCUGUAGUAGCUAUUCGCUAGCUAACUAGCUGCUAGUAGUUCAUUAACUUCAGUCCAGAGGGGAUGAAACAUUAGCUGACGUUACACUACUAGCUCAGCACUGGGAAUAUUUUUUUCUUCUUCUGUCAAACAGCAGUUGCCUUGCCAGCUAGAUCAGUCAACUAAAGAGUAGCCAGUUUCUGCUCUGCUUGCUUUUGAAACUCAGAAGAAAAACGCAACACAGACAGCAGCUGCCUCUGUUCAUCUCUCCCAUGCGGGUCCUACACCGUAGCCUUUCAGAAGCUUUGCCUUCACACAGCCUGUCUGCACGCUCUGCUCUGUGGUGUCCAUGCGGUCCUAAAUCCAGCCGUCUGAAACCAGAAUACAGCCUACCUGACAGCUCUGAGACCACGCAGACGUAAUGUAAUUUCAGAAUGAAGGGGGGUCAUGUCCCUCCCGUCCCGUGAACGUUGCGCCCCUGAUGGAAAUAAUGGGAGUUAAGAUUUGCCCUUUUGUGUUUUGUCCUCAGAUGACAUAGAUGAGUGGGACCCGUUGGAGGUGCUGCCGAGGCAGGGCGAGGGGCGCAUCCAGAACGUUCUGUACCUGAAUGAUGAAGAGUUGGAGGAGGAGGAAGAGGGGGACGAACUGGACCAGGAGCAUGACGGCAGGAAGGUCAUGGUGAGCACAUCUCAUUGGUCACACACACACAACACAAUAAUCUAGACUAAGUUACUUGUGUCACUUACCUCCUCACAUGCAGAUCCUUUGAUUUAAAAUCAUGAACUGAAUCUGCGUUGUGGUUUGAUCGUGUUUGUUUGUUGUUAUUUUGAUUGACUGUAGCUGCUGGAAUGGUGAAGCAGCAUUCUUUACAGAGACCACACGUCUCAUAUGGCUGCCAUGCCUUGGCCCUAGUCUCACUGCUGCAUUGUGCAACGAGGGGUCAGUGAGACUGUAGCCUGCGUCCCAAAUGGCACCCUAUUCCCCACAUAGUGCACUACUUUUGACCAGGGCUCUAUGUAGGGAAUAGGGUGCCAUUUAUGCUGUUGUUGCAACCUUAGAGAGUGAGAAUAGAAUUGGCCAAGCCGUAAUCCAGGGAUUUGUUCAUAUUUAUUCAGUGUGACACAUUACCAACAAAGCCUGCUUUGACAUUACAGAACACUCUGGCACCGCACCGCACGUACCGCACCACACACACACAAAAACACACACACACACACACUGGAGUCACUAAGGGUGUAGUAAUGCCAUAGCUACAUGAGAAAGGCAAUAUUGACAAAAUGGCCAUUCUGACAUUUUUUAAAUAUCAUUCAUCAAAGACAUGAAACUCAAUAUGCCUUCAUAUAAAGAGCUGCUUUUAGAAUGAUUGGGUAAAUAUUUGAUGUGUGAUGUGAUUUGAGUGAGUGUCAGUGAGAUAUGUAGCUGUAGCUACAGUAACUGUAGGGAAUGCCUUUGGGCAUCCCAUUGUGGUUAUGCAGGUGUUCUUUUAUGAUUGUGAUGUGGUGGUUUUACCUACCUCAGUUGAAGGCCGGGAUUCAAUCAAAGGUACGUUUUAGAAAAUCGCAUUGAACUUGACUUUUAAAGGCAAUUUACACUUGAGCCGACAUCCACAGCGAUCUCCACGAGCAUCGGGAAAUUGCCUUACAAAGGUGCAUUGCCUGUAGUCUACAAUGCUCCUCUGAUUGAAUCCUGGCCUAAGUCUUUGUGGAUUGGAGUGUCUGCUAAAUGACUAAAAUGUGAAUGUAAACAGUAGUGAAUCUGAAUGUCUUUUUGGCGCCCUCCUGUGGCUGUGUGGCAGGUGUUCUUCACACGGAACGGAAAGCUGAUGGGUCGCCGUGAGGUGGUGGUGCCCCCAGGGGGGUUCUACCCCACUGUGGGGAUGCUGAGCAGCGGAGAAAAGGUCAAGGUGGACCUGCACCCCCUCAGUGGAUGA